ACAAAGUCAAGUAAAGACCCGGUCACUAAGCAAGAUGCAAAGCGCGCGAAGUUUGUAGGAAGACAGACGAAGAAUGGUAGCCUUUUGGAUUAUUGUGGAGGUUUGAUCUAGAUUUUUGAGAAAGAUUUGAGAGAUGAUUGGAUGGAAAAAUACGAGGAGUGCCUUAGAAAAGCUGGAAGAAUUGUUAACAUGCAAGGUUUGUGCCAAUCUUGUGUCUGAUCCUUGUUCUCUUGAAGCGUGUGAUCAAAUUUUCUGCCGUAAAUGUGUGGAAAAAUUGGUUGGAGCUGAUUCUAAAUGCCCAGAAUGUGGGGCAUUUGCCUGGGUGAAGGACUUGAAAACUAACCGUCAACUUGCCAACACUGUCAGUAUGUGUACAAAGAUAAGAAUGCUUGUUGAAUCCGAUGAUGAUCAGGGGAGUGGCAGUGGUGAUGAUGAUGAUGAUGAUAACAAUGUCAAAGGCAUCCCAGACAAACCAGAAACUAGAAUGAUUUGGGAGGAAACACAGUCAAUAUUUGAUCAAGAAACUGAUUCUUAUCAAUUCUCGUCACCUGACAUUGUCAUCCCUGUUAAGGCAAUGAACAAAUGUGAUGGUGCUGUGCAGGAAAUAUCAUGUAAUAACAAGAAAAAAUCUAAGGAACCUGCUCAGAUAAAGACUUACAGCAGGAAAACACGGAUGAUCACUGCAGCAAAAAGGGCUAGUAAUGGGGAAGAAAUUAUAAAACAAGGUCUUUGUAGGGAGCUUGGUGAUCAGGACAGUGGAAAUUUUGCUGCAAAUGAGAUCUUAGCAAGUGGACAAAGAACCAAAGAAAUUGUUCCCGCUUCAUCAUCAGGUAGUUCAAAAGGUGAAAAAAGGACACAAGCAAGGAAAAAAUGCUUUGGAAAACAUUUACAGAAAACAAGAUUAAUAAAGAAAACAUGUCCAGUUUUCACAGAAAAUGGUGAUCAUGAAAAUGAAGAACAGAAUGAUCACAUGUUUAUUGAAAUUUUUGACACUGUACAGUUCAAAGUUACAGAUGAUCACAAGGGCAGGGAUGUUGCAGAUGAAGAGAAACAUAAAGAGAACACAAAACUUUUUACAAGGCUAAGAUCAAAGGGGUCAGGUACUUCUGGUGGCUUGGUUAUGAUGCAAGAUAAUGGACCUUUACAUAAAGGGUUUCUUAAAGCAGUAGAAAGCACUCCAAGGACAAGGGCUCAAAAGAGGAACCUGAGGGGAACACCACAGAGGUCUUCACUUAAGACCCUACCACAGAAUAAGCCAGAGAAAGGCCUUACAAAUGAAAGAAUUAUCAGUGAACAGCUGCCUAUGAAAAAGAAAAAGACAGAGGCUACCAAGGAAACUCCUUUAAAGUCCCAAGGAAAUAGGAAAAGAAAAAUGUCAGAACAAAAUUUAUGCAGCCCAAAGAAUUCUACCCUCUGUCCUCCUGAAGUCAAGAGAAAUAAACGUGGGGAAACACCUCUUCAUGUGGCUGCCAUUAAGGGUUGUGUGGAAAAUGCGAGGAAGUUACUUGCAGAAGGUGCAGAUCCAAACACCAAAGACCAUGCUGGCUGGACUCCACUUCAUGAAGCCUGUAACCAUGGCUAUCUUACCAUCACUGAACUUCUGUUGGAUCAUGGUGCAAUGAUUAACACUCCUGGAGGGUUUGAUCAUGAUGCUCCACUGCAUGAUGCCGUCGCCAAUCAAAGAGUGCAAGUAGUGAGGCUGUUGAUCUCCAGAGGAGCUGCUCUUAAUGUCAGAAACAAACAGGGACUCCUUCCAAUAGACUAUGCAGCCACAAAAGAACUGGUGUCCAUUUUAUCAACAUCAACUUCUUACAAGGAAAUUGGCUCCUUAACGACAGUACCACUACUUCCAGAUGUGAAGGGUUUAUCAGAUUCCCAUAAGGUGUUACUUGCAACUGGUCUUAGCUCAGAACAAAAGGUAAAUAUACAAAAACGUGUAAGGACCCUCAAUGCAAGUCUUGUAAACGAAUUUUCUCUGUCUGUGACACACAUUGUGACGACAACUAACAACAAAGGAGUUUGUCCAAGGACACUGAAGUACUUGAAUGGUUUGUUAACUGGAAAAUGGAUUGUGAAGUAUCAAUGGAUUCUAGAAAGCUUGCAGCAAAAAAUCUGGGUAGCUGAAACACCUUUUGAGGUUAAGGGUACCAGCGAUGCUGCCACUGAUGCACCCAAAAGGGCUCGCAUUAAUUCCCUAAAGCAGCUUCCCAGUUUAUUUGAUGGAUGCCAGUUUUUCUUCAGCGGUGAAUUCGUUCCACCUCAUCCUUCAAAGGAGGAUCUAGUUCAGUUGGUCAAACAUGGUGGUGGCAGAAUCUUAUCUCGUGAACCGAAACCAGAUAUUGAUGGAUCUCUCUGUUUACCCAGAACUCCUGAAUCUAACAAGGCUCCUGUCACUUUGGCCCCUGUUGCUUACCAUGCAAAUCCAACCACUAAACACUACAGAUGCACUCAGUACAUCAUCUAUGAUUCACUAGCAGAAAAGAGGCCUCACAUCUGGGACACUGAGUCAGUUUGUAGCAUGCCCUCAACAUGGCUUAUGGAUUGUGCUUCAAACUUUCAAAUAUUGACUUUGGAGUGAGACUAAAUUGCUUUCCUAACACAGCAGAGGUCUGAUAAUUCUGCAGCUAUUGUGCAGAAUUCUCUUACCAAAUUUUGAUAGCCAGAGCUUCUUUCUAUUCAUAUGAGUAGAAUAUUCUUGUUCUUUACCACUACUCCCCUGUUACAACACCUUAAAAAAAAAAAAUUGGGUGGAAUGAUCUGAUCUGUGCCCAUAAGGUUUUCAAACACAUGACACUUUAUUAACCUUUUUUUUUUGUUUUUUAGAAAUGUGUGUUUAAUAUUUUCAAAUUUUGUAAAUGCAACCAUUUAAACAAUGUUAUUUGCCAGAGUUUUCACCCAAAAGCAUUUAAGUCUUAUCUAAGUAACCACUGAUGUGAAAAUGCGGCAUUAGGUGCAUUCUUAUAGAGCAAAUCUAAAUCUUUAAUUUUUGUUUUUGUCUUAGACCUCUAACCCCAGAAAGAGAAAAACAAGUAACUUGUAAUCACAAUUUCAUUACCUAUUCUACCAAACACAUGAUCAGAGAUUGCUAUUUCAUUUUCCAGAGAAUGUUAUCUUGAUGUAACAAUAAAUUCUUGUAGCUAUUUCACAGACAUGUAUAGAGAAAAGAAGGGAGAUUUACUGUGAUUUUAUCAGAUCUUAGGGGUUCAUCAUCAUCAUCAUCAUCAUCAUCAUCAUCAUGGUUACAGGGUUAAAAAAAUACAUUGUUGACUUAAAUGUUAACUUAAGACAAAAGUUUGGUAUUAAAUAUGGCCCCUUCAUGUACAGCCCUUACUUUCAUUCAUCAUUCCAACUGAGAAACUGUAAAACAAAUGUUAUCAAAAUUUUAAGAAGACAUCUCCAAGGUAAGAUACCAGUAUAUAUAUAUAUAUAUAUAUAUAUACCCUGUUAACAGUUACAAACAAUGUGUGGUUUAGUUAUCUUGUGAAAAAUACAUCUAAAAUAAAAUAUAUAUAUA